UAACGGAUAGAUGAAAUAAUUUUAAGCAUUUAAGUAUCAAAGCAAAAGCUGAAGCCUUUAAAAUAUGAAUUUUAUCAAAUAGAGAAAUCAUUUUCAGCAUUUUAAACUAAAUACAAAUUUUAAAACACUGAAUUUAGGCUGUCAGGUUUCUAUGGUUACCCACCUUUCCAGCAGUUUCGUGAGAUGUGUAAAUAGGCCUAUGAGUCAUUUGUAAUUAUUUGUUUCUUGUUUGUUAUAGUUGUAAUUCCAUGUUCGGUUUGAAUCCAAUAUAGUUCACACCACAUGCUUUGGUUUAUGUAUAUUUUAGUGCAUAUGAUUGACAGUGAUUGAGCAUUUCUUAUGGAGUGCUUGUUUUUUUUGUCAUAAGUGAUGUAUGUUGGUACUUCUGAAAAGGUAAACAGCUUCUUCCUGUAUCUGUGUUUGAUAAACAGGGACUUUUGUGAUAAGAAAGAGGUCUUUGUAAAUGUUAAGUAAGGAGAUAAGUGAAAUGUAUUUAAAAAAAAAUUAAAACAGCUCCCAGACGUUAUACUAUACUAUUCCAAAUUUGAUCCAUAAUCCUAUCAUUAUAAUUCAUUCAGUGACCCAAUGUCACGUAUUUAUGAAUAAGCUUUCAAGCUAUGCAUUAAAAGCACAUUCUGAUGACUGACAGGUUUAAAAAUAAAUGCUUUAACAAGGAUGCUAAAAGUUAUCUGCAGCAAGCUCUUGAUUGGAGCAUCUUCCUUGUGCAGAGCAUCUUCAUGGGGAAAAAUCAAAGCUUGUUUCCUCAAACACCGCAGCAGUGUGGUAGGAGCAGCUGUGAGCUCUUACAGCUGCCUGCUCGUGUAUUUUGAAGUCCAGUGCGCAGGAUGCAGUGCUCCAACCUUACACUCCGUUCCAGCACAGAACAUGUUCAUGUUUUUUUCAGUAAAACACUCACUGUCCUAAUAAAACUUAUAUUUUCAAGUGAAAACAGGGUAAUACAAGUUACUAAUAAAAUUCAGAGCAAGGCAAGAAACAGUCAUUUUUACCAAAUGAGUAGUAAUGUGAGUAUUUUAUUAAGAUAGUCAUCCCCAAAUUGCUAAUGAUAUACACGCUUUUUUCAUUUUGAGAUAAGGCCAGCUUAUCAUUCAGGAAUCAUCUUGUAUCCUUAGAGAUUGGGCUGCAGGUGCUCAUUGCAAAGAUUCUUGUAUUCUGCGUGGAGAAAAGCCUGCUAACCAUCAGUUUUCUUCCUGUACCUCAAUCUAUGCAGAAAAUCCUGAGUUUGAGAGCAGUUCUAUGUUUUCUGAGCAAAUAUUACUCAUUUUUCAACAGCCCUGCUCAUCCACUGAAAGGAUUUGUCAAAAACACAUUUUGUGGUGAUUCAGACGUAUUUUUCUCGUUUCUGAUGGAAAUGUAAGAUGUUAAAGUAGGAUUUAUUUUUAACUUGCUGCCAGCAACGUUUAGCGCCGCAUCACGUAUGGGUGCAGGACGUAAACAUGCCAGCAGAAAAGCACUUGUUUCCCAAAGCACCUGAGCAGAUUUUAUCCCAGUAGGAUUCGGUGAAUAUUAAGCUGUGGGUGGAUGCAUAUUAACAAGAUCCUGUAUUGUGCACGUGUGUGUGAGGGCUAUUGGAAUGGCUUAUUCUUUCAACCUGAAACAACUGCUUUUUUUAAACAGACCAACUUGUUCCAAUAGUUAUUACUCCCCUGCAACAUCAAAGUGGGGAACACAAUAACUAACCUGCCUAGUGUAAGUAAUUCCUCUGAUGUUUUACAGAACCUGAAGAGAGACAGAAGGUGUAUGAGAGGUGUCCUUAAACAUGCAGACCUGAGCAGAUAUGUUUCUCAUUCUGAUUUAUUAAGUUUAUGAUAAUUUACUUGAUAUAGGAAUGUAGUAACAGAAGAGGAAUGUUUCUCCUGCUAGUCACAGAAUUUGAAAUUUACCAGAUGCUGUGAUUUGGAGCCUAAAUUCCCCUGGUAUUAACUGUGUGAAACUCUUAAUAUUGCUUUGUCCAGCUUUUCAAUCUGACUCAUUUUCUGUGGUACUCUAAGCAGCACUUUCUGCUUAUGUUCUGUUUGUGUUCUGCUGUUGGAGAGGGAAGAUUCAGAAGAAAUAGCACUGGGAGGGAAGACUGCUCAGGAGAGCUACAGUGCCCCGUUUCCAAAGUUAACCAUUACACCUCAGUCACAUUUCAGUACCAUCAUGAUGGCUGCGUUUACAAAUUGCUGCUAGUCACAGUUUCAGCAGUCCUAGUAGGUUUUGCUUUCCCCUAAUAUGGGCAAUUAGGAGGAAAUAUUUCUCACGGGCAUGGGUUUGCUCUUUUCCAUGUAAUGACAUAGUCCUGUAAUCCAGGAAACAGUGCUGCAUGGUGUCCAUGUCCAUGAUUUCCUGAUGUGGGAAAAAAGUGUGGAAAGCAUCUGGAGAGGAGGAGACCCCUUUACCAGCUUGUUUCCUGCUGCCCGGCUCUCCGAUGGCUGCAAUUCUGCUGGAAGCCGCCUAAAUCCUGCCUUUAUGAACCAUCUCGCAGCAAUUAAUGCACACAGAAAGCUUCACAAAAAGGACGUGCUUGGGCGUCGGUGCAGGAGAAGUCCAUCAGAGGCUGCCGGGAGCUGCUUGGUGUGGAGGGGCCGGCAGCAGCACAGCGGUCGGGGCGACGCGGAGCACACGGCCAGUUGCUGCUGUCUCGGUUCUGUGACUGACUGCCUCAGAAUUUUUUCUUCACGCAAUCGUGUCUACCUGCACAGGCAAUCAAGCAAUCAGCAGUGGAGAUGCUUCUUUUCUCAGGGACAAAGAUAUACUGCGUAUAGCGUAGUUUGGCCAGCCAUGGUUUCUCCAGCUUACCCAGUUCCAGAGCACAUAAAGAAGCCAGACUAUGUGACGACAGGCAUUGUACCAGACUGGGGAGACGACAUAGAAAUUAAGAAUGAAGAUCAGAUUCAAGGGCUUCGUCAGGCUUGUCAAUUGGCCCGUCAUGUCCUGCUUCUGGCUGGAAAGGGCUUAAAGGUUGGCAUGACAACUGAAGAAAUAGAUUCCAUUGUUCAUCAUGAAAUAAUCAGACAGAAUGCCUAUCCUUCACCUCUGGGCUAUGGAGGUUUUCCAAAAUCUGUUUGUACUUCUGUAAACAACGUGGUAUGUCAUGGUAUUCCUGACAGUCGACCUCUUCAGGAUGGAGAUAUUAUCAACAUUGAUGUCACGGUGUAUUACAACGGCUACCAUGGUGACACUUCUGAAACCUUUUUGGUGGGCAGUGUGGAUAAAUCUGGUCAAAAGUUAGUGGAGGUUGCCAGGAAAUGUAGAGAUGAAGCAAUUGCAGCUUGCAGACCAGGGGCUCCCUUCUCUGUAAUUGGAAACACAAUCAGCUCUGUGGCACAGCGGAGUGGCUUCCAGGUGUGCCCCUUCUUCGUCGGCCACGGCAUCGGGUCGUACUUCCACGGACACCCCGAGGUGUGGCACCACGCCAAUGACAGUGAUUUGUUAAUGGAGGAGGGAAUGGCGUUCACAAUAGAGCCAAUAAUAAUGGAGGGCUCCCCCGAAUUUAAGAUUCUGAAGGACAAAUGGACCGCAAUUUCGGUAGACAAUAAAAGAUCAGCGCAGUUCGAGCACACCGUCGUCAUUACCUCGGAGGGAGCAGAGAUCCUCUCUAAGGUGCCGGGAGAAGCCUAAGGACGCAGCGGGAAGCGGAGGGCUCGGUGUGUUUUGGGCGUUCCCGGCCCCGGAGGGACAGCGCUGAUCUCCGGGUGGUUCUGGGGGCACUGGGUGCCGCCUCAGGGGGACACAGGACGCGGCCCGGGGGCUCGCUCCGGGCGCAGCGCUCUGCGCCGUACCCGGUGAGUGUUGAAUAAAAGCUUCUUGGUUUGCGGCAGCAGCGGCUCAGCCUCAGCCUGCGCGGGGAAGGGUCCGGCUCUGGGGAAGAGGGGCCGAGUCCCGUGCGGGACACGCGGCGGCGCAGCGCGGGGAUCCCCUCGCAGGGAAAGUGCGGCCGCUCUGCCCUUAGCGCCCCUGAACGGGGCUGGAACUUCUGCCGGGACGGAAAGAAAAGUUUGCGGGCGUGGCGGGGGGGCACAGGCUGCGGCCUUUUCCCCGCAGUUCUCCAGCAGCUCUCCCCUUCCUGCCCCGGCCCAUUUCUCUCUACGCCGCACAAGAAAGAAUAGAAAACGAGACGCGGAGCGCGCUGUUCUGGAGAUGGAUAACCGCAGCUCCACGCAGCGCACGGUGCGUAACGGGGCACUCCGCGCCGGUAGCGCUCGGCAGCGACGGACGGGUUCGUCCCGGGGGGAGGGUUUGGUCUGCGCCGAGCCCCUCGGAACUGGCCCGACGGUGCGGCCCUGCGGCGGGGGUGUCCCGGGCGGGACUGCUGGGCCGCUGCUGGGGCAGGCCGGGCGGGGCGGCCGCUGGUUCCCGCUCCCUGAGCCGUUUGUUUUCACUAGACUACAGCGAGCUGUCAGCUCUAAUCGUUCCUAACAGCAUCUUUGCAAGAAGCAGGACCAGCCCCCAGCCCGUUCCCAAUACCACGGGGCAUCCUUUCAGCUCGAUCGCCUCUUAGAUUAGUUUGGAAGACCUUAAAACCUGUAAAAAUAAACGAUGCAUCCAACACGUUUCA